GAAAAGAAUUGACCUAUACAAUUCAAGACAAACAUAAGUCAAAUUUGAUCUCUUUAAACGCUCUCCAAAUCCCCAAAAUGUCAACUAAAGAAGCUGCUAAAGUCCUAGUGAAAUUGUUGGAACAAGUUCCAAAGGAAAAAUUAACAAGUUUGUCUUUGAAAGAAGUUCAGCUAAAUAGAUAUAGACCAGUUGCCGAGGAAUUCACAGAAUCAGACAUAUUACAACAAAUUCAAGCUUUGAAAAGUAUAAGUAGUAAUCAAUAUAGAGAUUACUAUUAUCCUGGAGAUAAAUUGAUUAGACCACAAGGUAAUCCAGAUUAUUAUGAAAGAUUACUUGCUGAAAUCAGUGGUGAAGGUAAAGAAAACUUGUUCACAGGUUUGAGAACUGUUGUUUUAGGUAAAUAA